CACAACAUCGUCAAGCAAGGUGUCACUCGAGACGCCAGAGGUUGACAGCCUGUCACCUUUUCGCCAACCUUGCCAGUGGCAGCCAAAGUUGCUGUUGGAUCACCUUACCAGUGAUGACCAAGCAGCCUGUUUUGGAGUUAACAAUAAGUAAGGCAAAGACUGAUGGAGGGAAUCUGACUAUUCUGCAUUAACAGCGCUCAUAGCUGGCAUUUUCUGUCUUCUUAUCUCUGCUAACUGGAAGAAGACUUUGUCUAAUUGGUCCCACAGUAAGUGGAAAGUUCAAAGGUUGUGAGGGUGGAGCUUGAUGGAUCAUGGUGGUCAGUUGGACUACGAAGCCAGAAUAAUGUCACAAGUAAUGGCGGGUGGGGUUGAGCAUUGUGACAAUAACACGCCACACCCAGAUAUUUUGGCUUCCCAAAACCUCAACGAGACUCAGACUGAACAUUCUUCAGCUUUACAAAAUGAAUUUGGAGGCGGUGCGUUUUUCAACAACAACCUGGAGGCAGAGAAAGAGCGAUACCAAGAAGAAGAAGAGGACAUUGAUGAAGUGAUGAAGGACGAGGAGGAAGAAUCUGAGGCAUCAAGUUGCCUACUUAACUGCCAGUCCCCAGAUACUCCCAUGACUGACUCCUCCUAUUCAGAAACAGGAAGCAUAUUGGAGAAUCUUUUCAGUCCUGGUACAAGUCCAGAACCUGCAUCCCCGGUCAUCCAAGAGAAAUCAUCUCCCAUCAGCCCUUUGGAAGUGGGUCAGAGUGAAGUAAACUUCGGUGGCUUUAACGUUGAACCUCUUGCCUCCAGCACAUCAGGAGUAACCUUCACCACAGGUCCUGUGCUCUCUACUCAUAUAUCUUUAACCUCAGACACUGGGCUGAGCUGCACUGAUGGACAAGCGCUUGUCUCACUUACAUCCACUUCAGAACCUCUCACAAACUUUACUCUGCUCUGCGAAAGACUUCCAUGUACCAUCGGGUCUGCUAACAUGACAUCCACCUCUAGGUCCAAUACUUCCAUUACCUCUAUUAAUCAAACAAUCAUGCCCCUCACCUUCAUCACCAAGCACACAGAGUCUUCAUCCUCUACUGGACCUCUACCCUCAGAAAACAAUACUUCCUUUCUAGUGCCCACUUGCUGCACUACAAGGCUCACCUCUCCUCUAAUGGACUCUCUGGAGCAGCUGGCCCAUAGAGGCGAUGAUGCUCGCCUUCCACUCGACCUACACCAGAUUGCUGAGGCCUCUGUCUUGCAUGAAGAUUACCAGCUGGCUUUAAGGUGUAUCCAGCUGGAGAGGCUCUAUCACCAGAGAGUUUUGGACAACCUCAAUGCUCUUCAGCAACAGUGGGAGAGUCAGUGUAUGAGAACCUCCAGCAGUCUGGAAGCCCGACAUCUGGACACUCUGAGAGACAUCUGCCAGACACACACUCGACCAUGUGCUGCAGAUGUUGCGUCUGCAUCUCUGGACUUCUUAAAGGCCACCUUUAAACAAGGGGAUGCACUGCCUCCGCAUCCAUCAGCGUAUCAGACUGAAUGUAGGAUGCAGCAUAUAGCUCAAGAUUUCUCACAGCAACUCCAUUCCCCCGACAGUUCAGAAAAAGACAGGGAACACCCUGAAUGCAAUUUAGAAGGGAGGGUCGGUUUCCAUGGGACUGAGCUGACUGAGAAGGAGGGCAGUGGCAAAGAACAAGGGGAGUGUCCGGAACAUACCAAUUCACAUGAGGGAAACAUGGUGUACCCCUCUGAAGAUGGAGAAAUGGAUCAGACCAAGCCUGCAGAGCAGCUGGGUGGAGACUUAGGUCCAGCACAGGAAAAAGAAGUGAAUAGGGAAGAAGAAGGGAGCAAUGUUGGAAAAUCUGCAGCGGCACUGAGUAUGGAGGAUGAGACUGAAGAAGAAGAGGAGGAGAAAGAGAAGAGGGCGUCCAAAGUGGAGACACUGCACAGGGAAAUAGAAGCAGAGGUGGAAGCUCAAGAGGAGAGCAAUAAAAGCUGCCUGCUGCAGCAUGAAGCCCAUCUUCCUCAAGAGGCUUGUCUGGAACAAGACAAGCUGGGCAACGAAGUGGAGCAAGAAGAAUAUGAGGACGAGCUAAGGGACGUCUUCAGAGAAGCGGUCACACUGGACGACAUGGCAAGACUCAUCACUGUAGAAGAAAUGUCUCCUGCCUGUGGCCUCAUCUCCAUCUUGAAGAAGAAACGCUUACCUGUAGAUGAUGUUAGCUCAGACUCCAAGCCCAAUAAACCAACUGCCAAAAGACGGGUCCGCUUCAGAGUGGCAGAUGAUGGCUUUGACAAUGAUGUUCGUGGGAGGGACUCGUGCCUGCUCCUCUUCCUGCUUUGUCUGGUUACUGUGGUGAUCAGCGUGGGCGGCACCACCCUUUAUUGCGCACUGGGGGACGUCAAUUCGUCCGUCUGUCAAGAUUUCUCCAGAAAUGUGGAUUUCUACUUUGGACAGAUGCAGCGCGCCGUGACGCAGAUCCAACACUGGUUUGGUCCAAGUUCAUCGUAGCAACAGCAGCAGCAGCAGCAGCAGUUUUAUGACUUGCCCUAUGCAGGUUAGUGUCUCCCAGGUGUACCUGUUUAGUUUGAAGGGGUCCACAUUUACUGAAUGACUUAUUACACCAAAGGUCUCUGGAUUUGAAAUCAUGACUGAAUCCAAAUUUCUUACUUGACUCCCUUAAAAACAAAACAGUUUAUGUAAUUUGUAAAACAAAACAAAAAAAACCAGUUUGUGAGCGAGAAGGCUCAGACACACCCAGCACACACACAUGCUGCACAAAUCGUGGCCUCACAGGCAUGUUGCAACCACAAGAGUUGCUUUUAAGGACGUCUUUUUGGGUGUUUUGUAAAAAACCAUGCAUUUCUUCACUAUUUAGAAUGAAAUCAUUAUGUCUUAAUCAUGUCUUAACACAUUGAUUGUCAUCAGUGAGGCAUUUAUGUGUUUUUUUAAUGAGCUACUUACUUGGGGUAAUGAUUUUGAUUUAUUGCAGUACAAAGCACUGAUCUUCUAUGCAUUGUUUUACCAUGUAACUUGGACAAGCAGAUAUAUUAUAUCUACUUACAGAAUUACAGUACACAGGACAAGAAUGUUUAACUCAACAGGUACAGACAGCUUUUGUUUUUAUUUUGUUUAAUAUUUUCUAUUAUGUGUGUAUAUCAAAAUGUCAGUGGGAUGUUAUGUAGCAUUGUGUCAGCCCAGCUGUGUCUUUGUAUCUCUCAGGAUUUCUAUAUAUAGUUCUCGUUUCUGUUCACUAUCCAGGCCUUGUGUUUACCUCUGAACGCAACACAGGAUUGUGUAUCAACUUUUGUUUUAGUUGAAAGUCUACAUUAUAUGUCUUACUUAAAGGGGAACGGCACUUUUUUUUUCGUUCACAAUCAUGAUGAAAGACAUGACGACGGAUGGAUUUUUUUUUAAUGCAUUCUAAAUAUUAAAUACAUUCAAUCGAAAGCCUGCGUACAAGGGACCCUAUGGGAGUCGUUCAAUUCUGCCUAAAAAGCCCCUAAAAACAUCCUAUCACCUCCAUUAGGGUUUUAUGUACAUAAUGUAAGUAUAUACGUAAUAGAGUAACAGGCACAUUUACAAUAACAUUUACGUGUUUUGAUCAUUUUAAGCAUACACGGCACAUUCAUUUUUAAACGUAUCACCACGUUUUUUUUUUUCUUCAUUACUGAUUCUUCUCACUGCAGACUUAUUGAGAGCCAACAAACAUAAUUUAACAUCACUUAAUGUAUGAGGUCUGCUGUCAUUAGGAUGGUCAUAUAUUCCCAUUUAAGAUGAAAAAUGUAUCAUAAUCCUCGCGAAGAAACGGGGUGGGGGGAACAAGUUAUUUUCGUGUCGUUUUCGCCAUUUUUCAGGUCCCAAAUGGCGUUCAACGUUUCCCAACUUGGCAAGAUUGGCACACUGGAAAUGAUCAUGUCACCUCUAUAAAUACUUUGCCUGUGUUAGUGCUUAUAACAUUACUAAUACUUGGUUAAUAUUGAAGUCACGGGAUGUAAAUGGAGUAUUGUUGACACUUUUUAUUACGGAGUUUUGAUGGUUGUUAUCGGAUUUUAUGGGCGGAAUAGAGGAGCUCCCAUUGGCUCCGCUGUAAGCGGAUUUUAUUAAUGUCUGUUUAAUAUUUAGAAUGCAUUAAAAAAACAAAUCCAUCCGUUGUCAUGUCUUUCAUAACGAUUGUGAAUGAUAGGCAAAAUGUAAAAAAAAAAAGUGCAGUUCCUUUUUAAGCAGUAUGCCGCAAAUACUAAAGCAAAGUUUCAACACGUGAGAGGAGCUUCCAUGCAUAAUUGAUAGUCUUAGAUCAGUAUUAUCAUGGCACACAAUGAUGUAAAGCGUUUUGAUUUCCUUCUUGUUUUUAUUUGCACAAGUCUCCUGGCUGGUUCAGAUGACUCCGAUAAGUCUACCUAUUUAUGACUGGGUGGGUGCAAAGAUUCCGUCUAUACUGGCCAUCCUCACUUAAAUGGUUGCCAUUGCACAUUAUAAUAGUUUUUCAUCUUUUAUGCAGGCUUUUUUUUUAUAAUGGAAUGCUUUUUAACUAAUGAUGUGUAAUUUGCUUUUAUCCCUUUUCUACCUAAAAUGUUCGGUUAAAUUAGAUUGUGAUGUUUGUACAGUCUUCCAAGCACGGCAAUGUGGUUUGUCAUAAUCUGAUAACCGCAUUGUUCACCGUGGUCUUAUAUUUGAAGAAUAGGAACAAAAGUUAUUAUUCGGAUGCUUCAACAGCACUAAUUGGCUUUUUUCAUGUUAUUUGAGUAAGGAUUACUAUUGAUAGUAAUACAGUACAUUUUUAUUCAUACCUGUGUAUUUUAUCUUAUAAGAUAUUCCAUCUUUGUUAAUGUCUAACCCUGAAGUAAAGUAUUUAAAUAUGUAUUUAGUUGACUUUGUCACUGCUUUUAAAAGUCCUUGUGUUUGUGUAAAAUUAUGUAUCGUCUCCCCUUUGUGUGUGUGUGUGUGUGUGUGUGUGUGUGUGUGUGCGUGCGUGUGCGUGCGUGCGUGCGUGCGUGUGUGUGUGCACGUGCAAGUGCGCGCGUGUAGUUAUUUUUUUUUUACCCAAAUGGAGCUCCCAAAUAAUGUUACUCCAUAUAAAACUUCAAAGUGUGUUUUCUUUUGACGGAUAUGAUACACGUGGCAAACCGUGUCUUUGUCUGUGAAUUCAGUGUAUCAAACACAUGUCACUUUUUUUUCCAGACAUAUCUCAUCACCAGCUACUCACACAGUGGGCAAGACUUUAGGGAGUCCAUGUUUGCCAAGUUAUGAUUGUAUUUCAAUUGCUCAGAUGCCAGGCAGAGUGUAGUGGUCUGUGAAGUGCAAGUGGAUUAAGAGGCAUGACAAGCAUGUGGUGCGUUGGCGUGUCAGUCUAGUGCAGUGGUUCUCAAAUGGGGGUACGCAUACCCCUGGGGGUACUUGAAGGUAUACCAAGGGGUACGUGAGAUUUUUUAAAAGUAUUCCAAAAAUAGCAACAAUUCAAAAAUCCUUUAUAAAUAUAUUUAUUGAAUAAUACUUCAACAAUAUAUAAAUGCAAGUUCCUAAACCGUGAAAAGAAAUUCAACAAUGCAAUAUUCAGUGUUGACAGCUAGAUUUUUUGUGGACAUGUUCCAUAAAUAUUGAUGUUAAAGAUUUAUUUUUUUGUUUAGAAAAAUGUUAAGAAUGAAGUUCAUGAAUCCAGAGGGAUCUCUACUACAAUCCCCAAAGAGGCCACUUUAAGUAGAUGAUUACUUCUAUGUGUAGAAAUCUUUAUUUAUAAUUGAAUCACUUGUUUAUUUUUCAACAAGUUUUUAGUUAUUUUUAUAUCUUUUUUUCCAAAUAGUUCAAGAAAGACCAUUACAAAUGAGCAAUAUUUUGCACUUUUAUAUGAUUUAAUAAAUCAGAAACUGAUGACAUA